AUGCAAGACAAAGUUUGUAAUAAAUUGAGUUGCAUUCUUUUUAAAUGGGAUGUGUGGGAACUCAUUGAUGCCGGCCUCAAUCACCUGCUGUUGGCUCAUCGACGGAAAUUUGAAGGAGAAAGAAAAGUACUGGCAGUUUCAAGCACCAAAACUAUGAGUGAAGGUCUUUCUAAACGGAAUGUUUCCUCUCCCCCUGCUAAACCAGAUGAAGGCAGUCAAGUCCCAAACAAAACCCUACCCACAAAAAAGGGGUGUUACCUAAUUGAGAUUGCUGUCAUCCUCUUCUUUCCAUCCUUGGUCCUUCAGCAGCUUCUGACAAACUUCUACUUCAAGUCGCGUCUGACAGAAGAGUUUGGGGGAGGCAGGACCCUCUCCAAGAUUUCUGCCUGUGACAAUGUGAACAAGUCAAGUCCUGAGUAUUUGUUUCAGCAGAAGAUCCAGCAAAAUCUUUCUUCAUGGCAAAUAUACUUUCUUUUUGCAGAAGCCAUGAUAGGCAUGUUUGUUGGACUGAUUAUAGGGCCUGUAACUGACCACCUUGGCCGUAAAACUGGUAUAACAUUAUCAUUGUUUGGUUCAACCCUCAAGUUUUUGAGUUAUGUACUGACCAUUAAGUGGAAACUCCCUUUGUGGGUUAUAAUUGCCGGUUCCGCAUGUCACGGUCUGACAGGUGGCCCCGGAGCUUUGAUCUCUUCCUCAAGUUCUUAUAUAGCUGACAUUACAAGCCCUGGUCCUGGGCGCACUUUCCGGCUUUCCUUUUCUCUCAGUUCUGCAUCUGCGAUUGCUGGAAUCCUGGCUUACUUUUACGGACACAUCAUCCAUGUCUAUGGACACCUUUAUGCGGCUUCCCUGCUGCUGAUCCUCAACAUAAUUGACUUGGUCUUCGUUAUUUUUGUGCUGACCGAGAGUCUGCCUUCGGGUGGCUUGAAGGAGAAGCGUGACUUCAGUCUGAGUCAGAUAUUCAGCCCAAUCCUACUUUAUGUGACUGACACGAAAAAAAAGCGGCGUUUACCAUUACUCGUUUUGCUGACCAUCUUUUUUCUAAGCAACUCGACGACUAUCGCACGAAUCACGUUCCUCAAUCUUUAUCUUAUAAACAGUCCCCUCUGCUUGAAUGCUAUAUCGAUGGGGAUGUUUGUCACUAUCACCAGCGUUGGAUUAUCAUUUGUCACUCUGCCAAUACUGAAAUUUUGCCAGUACUUUUUAUCUGAUACUUUGUCUAUAAUUCUUAAUCUUCUCUCCGCCAUUGUUGGUAAUUUUCUUCUGUCCAAUGCAACUACAAGUUCCCAAGUCUACACAGCAAUGGCUGUUGGAUGUGGUAUUAAUGUUUCUCCUGUGAUGACAGAAGGUGCCAUGUCAUUGCUGGUUGAAGGACAUGAACAAGGGACCCUGUUUGCUAGUACUUCUUUUGUAAAUAUGCUGGCAAUUGUAGUUUACUCGAUUAUAUACAACUCUGUUUACUCUGCCACAGUGACAACAAAUCCAGGCUUCAUUUUUCAACUCAUUGCGGCCAUCUUGGUUUUUGCUAUUUUUUUCCAAUUAUUUCUAAGCUUUGUUGUGAGAAAGAAAGUAAAUGCCACAAAAGAUCAACUUCCUGCAGAAAAACUCCGAACUGAAUGA